AUGGAACUCACUGAAGUCUAUCCAAAGACAGAAAAUACAAAAAACGCACUGAAAUGGACGGUAAGAUAUUUGGGAAGAGGGACAGAACUGUGUGUUUUAACAAUUGAAAACGGGGAAUACGAAUACCUCUUUUGGGAGAGUCUUUUUGAUGUCAAAUUAGAAGGUUUUGAUGUCAAAGUAAAUGAUCUGAGUAAAGUCGACAAAUUGAUGGAAAAGCUUGGAUUGAACAUGAAAGAAAGAAACAACUUUGUUGUGUAUUGGUUGAAGGAGAUGAAAAAGUUCCAAAAGAUGUUUGUCAGAAUAGUUGACAGAAAACAAUACGAAAAGUUGGUUCCACUGAACAUGAAAGGUUUCGACAACGUGAUGAGAGUUUGUUGGGUUUGGUGA